GGACUGAAGGCCCAGUGCAGCCAGGGGACAAGGCAGUAUUUACACAAUACACAGAAGAUGUGCUAGUGCAGAAAAUACAGAGGCAUUCAUCCCAAAACAACAAGCAGACUUGGCUGAAAACCGCAGAGUGUGGUUUCAAGGCACACUCCUGUUCAUCCUGGGUUCUGAAGUGAUCAAACAAGUAGUGAACCCAGAGCAUCACCAAAGGGAGUGAAACAGAAAUGGAGGAAGUGAGACAGCCCUUCCCAGAUGAGGUGUGAUGUGUUGCAUGGAGAAAGAAGAGCCUGGGAGACAGAUGCCUGUGACAGCUUUUGGGAGCCAAGGCAGAGCUCCCCGAGGGUAUUUACCCCGCGGAUGACAUCUCCGCCGCGCUGCCAACUUCGGUCGCGAUCUUCCCCAAUGCCGACCUGGCAGGGCCGUUUGACCAGAUGAGCGGUGUGGCAGGAGACGGCAUGAUCAACGUGGACAUGGGCGACAAGCGGGCCCUGGACCUGCCCUACGGCGGCGGCUUCGCGCCCAGUGCCCCGGCCUCCCGCAACCAGACCUUCACCUAUAUGGGCAAAUUCUCCAUCGACCCGCAGUACCCCGGCGCCGGCUGCUACCCCGAGGGCAUCAUCAACAUCGUGAGCGCGGGGAUCCUGCAGGGGGUCAGCACGCCCUCCUCCGCCGCCUCCUCCGCCGUCUCCUCCGCCUCUUCCUCGGCCACCGCCGCCUCCGCCGCCUCCCCCAACCCGCUGGCCGGGGCCCUGGGCUGCACCAUGGCGCAGGGCCAGCCGGCCGACCUGGAACACCUCUACUCGCCGCCGCCACCACCCUACUCGGGCUGCGGCGACCUGUACCCGCAGGACCCCUCCUCGGCCUUCCUGCCCGCCGCCGGCGGCGGCGCGCUGCCGUUCCCCCCGCCGCCCUCCUACCCCUCCCCGAAGGCGGCGGCGGCCGACGGCGGGCUCUUCACCAUGAUCCCCGAGUACGGCGGCUUCUUCCCGCCGCCCCAGUGCCAGCGGGAGCUGCACGCCGGCCCCGACCGCAAGCCCUUCCCCUGCCCUCUCGACUCGCUCCGCGUCCCGCCGCCCCUCACGCCGCUCUCCACCAUCCGCAACUUCACCAUGGGGGCACCCCCGGCGGGCGCCGCCCCCGGCACCGCUCCCGGCGGGGGCGGCGGAGGCGAGGGCGCGGGCGCCCGGCUCCCCGCCGGCGCCUACAGCCCGCACCACCUGCCGCUGCGGCCCAUCCUGCGGCCCCGCAAGUACCCCAACCGGCCCAGCAAGACGCCGGUCCACGAGCGGCCCUACCCCUGCCCUGCCGAGGGCUGCGACCGCCGCUUCUCCCGAUCCGACGAGCUCACCCGGCACAUCCGCAUCCACACGGGCCACAAGCCCUUCCAGUGCCGCAUCUGCAUGCGGAACUUCAGCCGCAGCGACCACCUCACCACCCACAUCCGCACGCACACCGGCGAGAAGCCCUUCGCCUGCGACUUCUGCGGCAGGAAGUUCGCCCGCUCCGACGAGAGGAAGCGGCACACCAAGAUCCACCUGCGCCAGAAGGAGCGGAAAGGAGCCGCCGCCGCCGGCGGGUGCCCGCAGCCCGGUGGCGGGAGCGGCGCCGCCUUGACCCCUUGCGCGGCGCGGACGCGGACGCCCUGAGGGCGCGCAGGACCCAGCGCGGAAACGCCGAGCGCGGCGGGGCGCGGAGCCUGGCGGGGCGCCGUGAGCACCUGCGGCGCCGCGGGGCCUCCCGGGCCGGGCCGGCGGGUGUACAUAGGGGCUGCGGCGGGAGGAUGGAUGGAUGCAUGCAGUGCCGUCGUGGUGAGGUGUCCUUGGUGCCUUGUGUGGUGUUGAGCCCGGUCCCCUGUCUGCAUGUGGGGGGUGCCUUACCGAUCCGCUCCGACGACAGCGGCGACACCGAGGCCGGGAAGUUUUCCCUCCCUAGUUUUCGUAUGGCUGUACAUUUCUGCCUAUUAAUAUCGGGAUUUUUUUUUUUUUUUAGAGACUAUAUUUUUGUACGCACUGGUUUGGGGUUUUGGUUUGGUUUGUUUUUUGUUUUGUUUUCUUUUUGGUAACUUAAAAGUGUUACGUUUGUAGUAGGACUUGGGACGGGAUGUAAAUACUUUGGCUGGAAGCGACGCCCGUUGUCCGCCGGGAGCUGGCGCGCAGCAGGUGACACGAAUAAUGCACAACCACUAACGGGAGCUGGAAGGACAGCGGGUUUCUUUCCGGCCACUGUAAAUAAACUUUUCGACAGUAAGG